GAAGUUAAAAGAUUCUGAACGGAAUUAACAAAUUAAUAUACAAGGAUGCCUGUCUUCAGAGGUGUUGCGAAUUGUUGUAUGGCAGAAGUUUUCCGACGUUUCAAGGUUGCUUGAAGCCCCCAUCGCCAGGCUACACGAUGCAAGGUCCCAGAAGAUAGUCUAUCAUCUUCAUAUUCACAGCUGAGGGAACCUGAAAUUCCACAAAUUAACACACAUCUAUCCGGAUUAUAAUAUUAUCCACAGAAUUCAGGCAAAUGAUCGGUGACCAUGCAGUCAAAGACGCUAAAGGUUUUGGUCCAUCUAGACACUUGGACUCGCGAGUAAAAAUUCUGCUUUGCACACUAAAUGUGUGUGCGUGUUCGCAUGUUUAUUUCGGUAGUUCCUCGUUUUGAUUAAUGUGAUUCAGAGUACAUUUAGAAGAAGCCACGACUCAAAUCUUUCUGUAGCAACAAGGAGAGAAAGCCACGAUGUCGAUAGUUCUCAUUUUAAGCAGAGUGCGUCAGUACUUCGGUCUAUAGUAAAAUGUAGCAGUGCCUCGCAUCGUUGUUUUCAACGUCGGAUGUUGCGGGUCAACGGAAGCAGAUAAUUGAUUGCAGCCAAACGCGAUUGAAGUUGCUUGAUCACAGAGGCGAAAAAUAGACGUGUCUGGUCUCCUGUAAAUUCUGAAAUCAAUAAUGGGCUAAAGUUCCCAAGAUAUUAUCUCGUGUCCUGUAGAAGGUCUUACAUCGUUUCUGUAGAUGUUAAGAUUAAUAAUUACAUAAUAUGGAAUAUCUUAACGGAAACGUAAAAAAAUUAUAUAAUUUUGCAACACGAACAGCAGAGCUCAGGCAAGUGAAAUCAUCUCAGAACCAGCAGUGUACAAAGCUAAUGACACUGUACUGUUAACUUAGAGCCAUGAGGUAACAAUACAAUGGAUCAUGUGAGAAAUGAGUACGCAGGAGACAUGGAAGUGGGCGAGUACUAUGCAGCAUAUGAGUCAUAUGAGUACCAAGACACUACUAACAAUUCAGGGUAUGAACCUGGAGUAAUUCCAGAUCCAGGUCCAGCAGUUACUAGACAGUGGAGUGAAGCUGAGGACAUUGUGUUACCUGAUGACAGCUUGGCAGACACAGAUCUGCAUGAUCAUGACCUCAUUGACAGUGUCAUGUACAUCUACUUCGGAUCAUCAUCACAUACUGAAGGAGGAGCUGGCAAACAGAUACUGAUUAUUGGAGCUGCCAUCUCUCUGGUAGCUCAGUUCUUGUCCCUGGCAACCAUUCUACGCAGAUUACGCUCCAACUCACAUGAUCCUGCAACUUUUAUUUUUAUAAACACAGAACUGUCCUUAUCUGCUUGUAACUUCAUCUUGAUGAUUAGUGCCCAGGCCACUGGAAAACAGCAUUGGUGUGAAAGUGUAGCACUGCUGCUGCAUUAUCUGCACCUAGUUGCAAGUUGCUGGUUGUUCUCAGUAGGUUUACUGGCAUAUCGACGCCUCAAUGAGGGCCCUUGUCCUUCAGGAUUGUGUCUUCACUUCACCCUAGCCUGGCUCCUACCUGCAAUACAUGUACUGGUAUGCUACACAGUGAAUCCACGUGGCUAUGAGACUCGCCACUACUGCUGGAUGUCUGUUGAGAGGGGGAUGUUGCUGUCGUACAUGACCCCAGUUGCUUCCCUCAUCUUGGCAAAUACUAUCUUGUCGGUGCUGGGGCUCAGAAUGCUGUCACGAUGUGAUGUCAGCCACAAACUCUGCUUGCUAGAAAACAUCAACACCAUUGAAGAGAUGCUGCGCAAGUCUUUGCGCUCAGCAGCCAUGCUGCUCCCAUUGUUUGCAGUGACGUGGUUCCUCGGUGUAUUGGCUUUCGAGAACUCGGCAACACUUUUCUUUCCAGUGUUAUUUGCUGCUGCUGACAUCUUUCUUAAUUGGUUCCUGUACAUAUAUUCAUCUAUAGUGCUGCCUCCAUUGCUGAUAUUACAAGAGGAACAGCCUGACAACAAGACUUGUGAUAUUGAACCACUUUUGUCCCCUGACAUAACACCUAUUCACACAUCAAGCCUUGCACAUCCAAUUACUGCAACUACCAAUGGGGGGGAGCUACUGGAACUCAGACUUGAUUCUAUAAGUACUAUCAGCUCAUAAAUAAUUUGGCAUUGUACUCUAAAAGAUUUUAUCCAUUAAUUCAUGAAGAAUGUCUUCAGAAGUCUCCCUUUUCAGCUGAACAUCAGUGUCUAAAUACAGAGUUCAUGGAAAUAAAUACAAACAGCUAAGUGAAUUCAUAAAGAUCCAUACAACUAAGGUCACUGGCAGUGAUUUAACUAAAGAAUAGUUUCUGGGUAUUCACUUUACUAAUAAAGACAUCAAAAAAUAAGUAUUAUAAUUUUACGAUGAUUUUAGAAAUUCAUUUAGUGCUUUGUAAACUACAGAUGUACAUACCUUACAGUGAUCUGCUUACAAUAUAUUGUGCCACUGAAUGCUUGAAGAUUCUCUAAGUCUAUUAGUGAGCUCUUGGACAUUCACAUAAUCCUUGCAGAUCUCCAACUUGAAGUUAUUAAACAUUCUACUUAAAUUUAUGAGGACUGGCAUUUGGAGCUCUAAAUUAUCCAGGAAGAAGUUCUUGAAAAUCAUGUAGACAGUUAAUGGAGAUACCAUUCUUGGUGUUGAAACAAACCUACAGAGGUUUCAUGAAGAUACAGUUCUUGGUACCGUAACAAUAAACAUUUGAAAAUCAAUUCAACACUAGCUUACAAUGUAACCUUUAACAGGUCACUUUGAUUCUUGAAUAAUUCUAACAUAAACUUUUUGAAACCUGAUACAGAUAAUGAAACUUGAACAAUAAACUCCCAAAGACCCACACAAACCUGGACUUCAAGAGGUGAACUUCUGAAGCCCAUUUUAAUAGUUAUGAAGAUAUGCAACAUUAAGCUUAGAUUUGUAUAAAUUAUGUGAGCCUUAUAUACUGUGUAAUGUCUAUCAGAAUCCUGAAUAUUAAGUGUAUUUAAUUAUAAUUAAGGAACAUGAUGUGAAUGGAAACAUUUUAUUUUCUGCA